CGAUCAGCUCUUAGCUCACAUAUAGCUGUAUAGAUAGCUGUAUAAGGAACGUGAUAAUGAAGUUAGCCGUCUUCCUCUGCUUGGUGGGGAUGGCCGCGGCUCAGCCGGGAUACAGUUUAGGGGAACGGCCACAAGCUCCUUUUCGAAGACCGGAAGAUUACCUGCCUAUGAUCAGACCAAUGAACAAUGUUGUAGACAUCCAAGUAAGGUGCGACCUGAAUGAGUAUAGGAUGCAGAUCAGCGUCCUCUUCGAGAGACCAUUCGAAGGAGCGCUGUUCGCCCGCGGUCAGUUCAAGAGCGAAUCCUGCCGACAGGCUGCGCUUCCACAAAGUAACCAAGUGAUCCUCAGUAUGGCGCUGGAUAGCUGCGGAACAGGCGAGAGUCUUGUGGGUGAAGGCUACGAGGCGAUACGCUACUACAACAACACGAUCGUUGUGAUGAAUGAGUUCGCAUGGGGCAUCCUGGAGAUGGGCGACAGGGCAUACGACGUGUCGUGCCGAUUCGGCGGAACCAGCGUCGACACGUUGCGCUACAACUACGAAGUGCCUCUGAUUCCACCGAUAUCCGUCACGGCACCUUCCAUCCAGUUCACACGAUGCAACAUGAAGAUCAUCUCUGGAAGGAACCCACUCUCGGGCGGAAUUUCAGUUCUCGAACUCGGUUCCAUAGCCACGCUUGUCUUUUGGAUCGAAAACAAAGGUCAGUUUGAUUUAUCCGUGUUUGACUGCUACGCCCACGACGGCAUGCAGAUGUCUCGACUCGAGCUUAUUGAUAAUGCCGGGUGCCCCGCUCACCAGAAGGUUAUCGGACAUACGCAGAGGAGCGAUCAGCUAGUUAGAGAACAGACGCACGUGUUCGCCCAUUUCAAGAGCUUCAAAUUCCCGGAUGUUGAAAACGUUUACGUCGUCUGCCAAUGCCGCGUCUGCUUCGAUCACUGUUAUCCCACAAUCUGUCCCGGCGACAACGUGCCGGGUGUAGCCACUAAUCGCCGCCGAGCUAGACGUGAAGCUGUCGAGGAGGUAAGCGUCGGAGUAAACCACAACUACACGACCGGAUCUACCGUGGAGGAAGAGAAAAUGUCGCAGAGCCUCACGGUCAUUGUACCCGAGGUGGAAACGAUCAUUUAUGACGAAACAACCGGAGAGGUACUGAGGCAACAAGUGACACAUACAGAGAAAAAGGGAGAUGUUUGCGUGCCAAGAUUGAACUUUAUUGCUGGGAUAAGCUCAAUGAUAGUGAUUCUGUUUAUAUCACUGGCGGUGGCUCUAGUUGUCAUUGCCCAUUCGCGACGGACUCAGCCCAAGACGGUCGAAACUCCUAGCAUCCAAUACCAAUGAAGGUUCAUUACAUGAUUGACAACGCAUUGAUAGACAAGAGGCCUGUUUUUAUUCAAGCUCCGCAAAUUUAAUUAUAUCUUAAGUUCCCGUAAUUACGUAGACUGCGUAUCGUAAAAUUUCAACCUUUUAAAAAAAAACUAGAAACGAGUUAGCAAAACUUAAAUCUCGUAACGGAAACAGUUAAUGAGGACAUAUUUGGGUAUAGCCCUAUCUGGACAAUUGUACCUAUUAUAACUUAUAUAAUACACAAAAUACACAUUUCCUCAAGCAUCCUGAUAUGAUUGCUAAUUCAACAUAUUAUUACAGCGCAUUCAAACUUUUGUCAUUAUUAUAGUGUCUCCAGAAACUACUCAAUGCAUGUCCUCCGAAUUAUUCAACAAGGUGAGGAGAGUAUUAUUAAAUUAAAAUGCAAAUGACGCCAUGUCUAAUUAUAACCGCAUCUAGGCGAUGCUCGCAACAAUGCGGACAUGGCUUUCAUAUUUGUGUCUACGCGAUGACUCUUAUCACGGAUUGUUUAAAUCAUCCGGUGGCUCUAGUUGUAUACGAUUUAAGCCAGUUUCGUUUUCAGCACCUUCAUUUUUUCAGCAAAUAUCUACUUCGAUUAUAGAUAAUUGAUAGAUAUCUAUUUUGAGCCUACUCAUGCAGAUGAUAUAAGGCAGGCAGAUGUGGUUAGUCUUAAACUGCACAAUCUGGAAAGCCAUUACACAUACGCCUAUAACGUCAAAUAUUACAAAGAAACCGAGACAGUUCUUGCGAAGGUACACAAAGAGCCACAUGUGAACGAGACUGUCCACAUGCAUAUCUACGAGUAGGGAAAAUACCAUUCGUUGAUCCACUUGGAAAAGGAUGUCAAAUGAGCUAUAUAUAUUAAAUUCGGGUUAGUUAAGUUCAUUUGUUUUCAUCCCGUUGACGCAUACCCGUGUCAUUUAUGUUUGUGUAUACGCAAAUUAUAAAUGAGACCAUAUUCGUAUACACAUAAUGCAUUUAUCUCUGAGAACCGGUGAUGCGACGAUGACAGAGGGUAUAGGAGAGGGACAUAGGGAGGUGCAUAGGAGAGAAGCAAAAGAGUGAAAUGAUGUCUUAUCGUUAUGCCGUAUCUCUUGAAAUUGUGCCCGCUUGUAUAAUCUAUGGUCAAAGCACUUUAUGGAAAAUCUACAAGUCAUUUGACUGCCUAAUAAUCAGGAAACAAAUUCCAAUGCGAUGUUAUGUGAUAACAUACAUUAAUGUAUCUUAAAACGUCAUGGAUGCUUUUAUUACGAUGUGGUUUUUAUGACGAUCGUAUCGACAGCUAGGAACAUGACCUGGGAAUGCACGAGAAUACAUUAAUGUUUGUUUUAUGAAAUCAAUCCCAUAAUGAUAACACAUAAAUACAGUGUAUACGGAAUCUAUUGCUGCAUUUAUUAGGAUUGCCUAAGAGACUAUUGUAUCUAGCCAUCGCGUAUCAUGCAUUGAAUCCCUGUUUCCUACAACAUCUAAAUCAAUUUAUAUAGUCUACAUAGAACGCAUACUUGAUCUAAAUGUAGUAUAGUUAAAAAAAUCCAAAAUUUGAAUUUUGUUAGAGUAAUAUAGCUAGUCCGAGUAAAAUAUAUCACAUCUAGUAAUAAUUAAAUGAUCGUAGAUGCAAACCAUAACGGUAAAGAUAUGAGAUAUAACUGUAAAUAAAUGCAAGCGAAGAGUA